GAAGAAGAACCCGGAAGUGCUCCACCAAUACGAGUCGACCCAAACACGAGUUGCUAAGUCACCAGAUGUCAACAAACGUGAACGUCUUGAGUGACCCCGCGGCUUUUCGGUCGUCUUUUGCUCGUCAGCAGAGAAGAUUUUGCUUUCAGGAUGGUUAUUCUGCACGUGAAGCGCGGGGACGAGAGCCACUUCCUGUUCAGCGCCGGCGUGCAAGAGGCAGUCGACGUACUCGUGCGCGACAUCACCGCCAUUUUCAACGGGAGGCUUAAAGUUGGCCGAAUCUGCGCAGAGAUGGCCGAGCUGGCAGAACACGGCGUCACGCUGCCGCCUAACAUGCAAGGGCUAACGGACGAGCAGCUGGUGGACCUGAAGCUGAAGGAUGAGUGGGAGGACAAGUGCGUGCCCAGCGGGGGCGCCGUCUUCAAGAAGGACGACAUCGGCCGGCGCAACGGACAUGCUCCCAAUGAGAAAAUGAAAGCCGUGCUACUCAAAACGGUGGACGAGGCGAAGGCCCUCAUCUCCAAAAAACAAGUGGAAGUCAACGUGUGCGUGACCAUGGCCAUGGUGAAGGAAGCCCUGGCACAGCUGCGGGGGGCCGUCAUGAUCGCGUACCCCAUGGGGCUGCCUCCUCACGACCCCAUCCGCAUGGAGCUGGAGGACCGCGAGGACCUGUCGGGGACGCAGGUGA